GAGAGCAGGGAGGAGAUAUUUGUCUUGAGGAGCAACUCUGUGAACACUCUUUCUCAGGUGCCACAACACAUGAUGCUAAUUUUGGAAUUACCACGUACAGUGCAAUGGCACAAAUCAGGUGAAGGAAGAGAGUGAAGAGGUUUUAUGCUGGUACCUGCCCUCUGCUGUCAUAACCAGCUAGAGAGACACCUCUGCAGAUACCAGUGACCUGGAGUAAUCUGGUCCUCAGUUAGGGGACAUUGGCGUUUGCAUAGGUCAUCAUUUGAACAUCAACAGACUGGAUUAAGAAAUAAGAACACAAUCAACAAACCUGUAUUCAUUCAGCUUGGUGAGAGAGGUGAACUUGAACCUUUGUGGGCCACACUGGGUCUUUUCAUGACUGGACCUUGUUAGGUGAGUUGGUGAAAUCUGGAGGCGGGACCACUUCCCAUGGAUCCCAACAUACCGGGGUCUUUCCUGUUUAACAACAGCCUGAACCAAUUCUCCUCGGACUUAAAGACACCUGUGUGUCAGUUCUCAGUGCCCAACUCCUUCUGCAAGCUCAACCCAGGCCUGAACAGCCAGCUGCAGGCAACGGGCACAGCCCAAGGCAUUAGCAACAUUCUCAGCCGUUCCAUGAUGGGUGCUACAGGCACCACCACUCUGCUCUCUGGAUACCCCACCAUGGGGGGCUUUGGCACUGUGGACCCAGGGGUCUACUACAACUGUGCAGACUAUAACCCCUCCCUGGGCAGCUUCACCAAGCCUGGCACUGAGUGCCCCAUGAAGGGUCGCAGUGGCAGUUGCUGGGCAGAGAGCGGGUGCGAGUGGAGAGGAGGGAGGCAGCAGUGCACAGACAACAGUGGGCAUCUAGGAGAUAUGUCAGGCAGGAAGAAGCACACCAGACCUACAUUCAGUGGACAUCAGAUAUUUGCCCUGGAGAAAACCUUUGAGCAGACCAAGUACUUGGCCGGGCCAGAGAGAGCUAGACUGGCCUACUCCCUGGGCAUGACAGAGUCACAAGUCAAGGUGUGGUUCCAGAACCGACGUACCAAGUGGAGGAAGAAGAGUGCCUCCGAGCCUAGCUCCACCCAGGCCACACAGGGUGAGCAGGGAGGGGAGAUUUCGGAGAACGAGGUGGAGGAUGAGGAGUACAACAAGCCUCUGGACCCCGACUCAGACGACGAGAAGAUACGACUGCUGCUGCGUAAACACCGCCGGGCUUUCUCUGUACUCCACCUUGGACCACACCACGUCUGACACACUAACACAAGCGCACACACAAACCAGAUGUGCAUGUUGUAGCAAGGGGUAUCAUGAAACAAAUCAUUUUGUAGUAUAGACCCACAAUUUAAUAUUCAAGCAUGUUAAAAAAGACAUUUACAAUACAAUACAGUAAAUUUAAGGAGAAAAGGGGCUAAUGGUUCACUUGAACUGUUGCCUUGACGUACAGCACUGUAUAAUGAAAACAGAGAGAUGUUACAAUGAUUGGUGAAACAGUUAAAUUGAGAAUUGAACAUAUCAAUGAGUUUCAAUGUGGAAACAGGUUGACUGUUAUGUGGGAAACCCAUCGUGAUAAUCUGUUAUUAUGGCUGUAUCAAACGUGAAAGGAAAUUGUUUCUAAUGUAUAAAGACACAUUAUAGCAGACACACUGUAGAGAUGAUUUGUAAAGCAUUGAUUAUGCAGUUUACAGUACCUGUUUAUUUGUACAGAACAAACACAAACACUAUUUGUUUUAUCUAAUUAAUUUGCUUGUUGUACUCCUAACAUUCAAUAUCAAUUUGAAUUUGUUCACAGUUAACUGCUGUACAGUAACUAUGAACACAGAAUACUUAUAUAAUUAACCUUUAUUAAUUGAACUUGAGAGCCUGGACAUGCUGUUUUCAUACUGGCGUUGAGGGCACACUUAACUCAAAAUAAGUCUUAACAUUCUAUUUCGACUAAUGUGUUGGCAAGCUUUCAUGACAUUUGAGGGUUUCUGCACAUCCAAAAUAAGUCCUAUAAGUAUAGUGUAAAUAAAUGAGGAAAUUUGGAAUUGUAAAAUAAAUUGUGAAUUAUUUAUUGAAAACAAUGGUAAAAUGACUGUGUCAUGCCUCUGUUUUUCUGUAAUUGUUUCCAGAUAAAAGACAACAAUCCCCAAAACAAACUACUAAUAGCACACUGGAUCUGACAUUAAAACAGGCACUGCCAAUAGAGAUUACAAGUGACAAUUAAAACAGAUCGGCGGUAGGGAGGCACAAUCAUUGAGUAGAAGAGAGGGGUCAAAGGCCAAUCCCACUGUGAUCUAUAUAGUUACCAGGGUGCUGUGGCUGAACUGGCUGGAGUGUUCUGUGUAGAAGACCAAGAAAUCAGACUCAUCAGCAGCUCAGUGCUGUUUGUCAUUAGGACAGAUGCUAAAGGAGUGUGUGAGAGUGUUCCCAGCACCAAGGAAAAUCUGCAUUGUGCUUGCUUCCUGUUGAAACAAUGAUGCUAUUGAUGAUAAUGCAAUAUCAAGCGUUAUGACGCUUUACAACCAAGAAAUGUCUACAUCACCAGAUAAAGAGGAUAUGUUAACAGACACAUUCUACAGACUACAAACUUUUAGAAAUAUUCCCAGAAUAAUGCAUACUGUAUCAGAUAACUUUCUACCACUGAAAGUGAAAUACUGUAAACAGAAGAGACAAGGAAUCUAGGAGGAAAGCUGAAGAGCAACACUGGUGUCAGUGUUGGCAUGUUUGGGAAACGAAAACGAAAACAUCCAGUUCUGGCUGUAAACAUCGGAGUGAAGCAGUUGUUUGUGUCAUGCAGGGCAUGCCAUUACUGGUGUAACAGAAAGAGAAAGACAAAUAGCGAUCAUAGUUAGCUACCCAAAGAAAAACACUUGCAUGACCCUGCGAGAGGUGCAAGUAGAAUGCCAGCUGAGAAGAAUCAAGCUAGCUGCAAUAACAUUGACAUUGACUUUAAAAGGUACCCACUGGGCACAGAAGUUAAUUCAACAUAUAUUACACGU